GUGCGUGUCCUGUGUCUGGAGCACAGCCACUGUCUUCUUGCACCGGUUGAUGGCCAGCGCCUUCACGUUGCCAGCUAUCACAGGCAAGCCUUCAAACCUGAAACCCCGUCCUGCAGGCAAGGAGCAUCUGGACCCUGAGCCGAAAGUGGAGUGCGUCGUGCUGCAUGAACCUUUGACACACAACUUGGAUGUUGUCUUUGUUCAUGGGUUGUACGGGUCUCUUGGCAACACGUGGAGACAAGGCGAGUGGAGAUCAAAAUACCCAGUGGACCCAGAAAAGAUCCACUUAAGAAGGCCUACGUCCACACCUAUGCCUUGUAAAUGCUCCGCAUGCGAUGCAAGUACAAAUAAUAACGAACUAAAUAGCAAUAAUGGAAAUAUAUUUAAUGAUCUUACAUUUAAUCAUGAUUUAAAGGAUAAUUUUAAUGAAAACAAAAAUAAUGAUUACGGAGGUAAUGAAUUUACGAAUAUUGACGAGAAAUUUAUGAAAAAGAUUAAGAAAAUUAUUCCAAAAGACGACGUAUUCAUGACUGAGAAGUUUUAUAAUAACACUUUGUUGGACCACGUUGAAAUUGUUGAUAAUUACGAAACACAAGUUCAAUUCGUGAGGGAUUUAUUCAAAAGCUGUGAUAUUGGCUGUGAUGAAAAUAAUGAUAACAAUACAAAGCACGAACAAAUGAGAAAUAAUGAAACCAGAAUUAAUGGAAAUGAAUGUGAAGAAGAAAUAAAUGGAAACAAGCAAGAAGUGAACUGCGGCUGUAAAGUAAAUGAAAAGAAAUGUGAAAUUGGGUGUGGUUGUAUUUGUGACGAAUGCUACUCGCCAUGUUGGCCCAAAGAUUGGAUCAAAGUCGAUUAUCCCGACGCUAGAAUUAUUUCUAUUAAUUAUACAAGCGAUCCGCAUUUGUGGAGACCUCUUUGGAUUAAGGAGAAUAAACGGUUACGACUCCACGAACGAGCUGAACAGAUGACGCAGCAAUUAUUGGAACUGGGUGUGGGACAGAGGCCCAUCGUAUGGGUUGGCCAUUCGAAGGGAGGAUUGUUCAUUAAGCAGAUAUACUGUGAAGCAUACGAAGCCUAUCAGAAGAUACGUAAGAACACAAAUAGCGAACAAAUGCAAGAAUAUGAUCAAGACAAUAUUAUGAAUAUGGACAUAGAAAAUAAUCAAAAUAGUAUUAAUGAUAGUAGUGAGACUACAAUUAAUGAUUACCAAAUCAGUUUUAACGACGAACAAAACAAUUUUAAUGAUAUUCGAAUAAAUGAAAAUAUAAAUAAUGAUUUCGGAUUGAAUAAUUUUAAUGAAUCAGCAAGGAAUUGUAAUUAUGAUAUCAUUAAUGAAAAUAUGUGUAUAAAAAUUGAGAAAUGUACAAAUGAUGAAGAGGCUGAUGAAAUGAAGACGACAUUUAAUGAAGAAUACGAAACGAACCAACCGCAGCGCUCGUCUCUCUGGACCAAUAGCGUAGCGUUCAUGUUCUACUCUGUGCCUCAUCGCGGAUCGCCAUUGGCGGAUAUAAAGACGCCAGUCACCGCUCGCAGCGUCGAGUUGCAGGAGAUUGCAAAAGACUGUUCCCUCGUCCUAUCGCUGCAAGAGCGCUGGUUAGACGCAACGUCGUCAUCGCAACCACUCGUCCGCAGCCUGGUGGAAACACGGCGCACGCUCAUGUCUGUGCUUUGGCUUCGAAUUGUUAGCACCGAUUCUGCUGAUCCAGGAAUUGGAGCGCUAUGCGGUGUUUCCGUGGACCACAGAGAAAUCUGCAAGCCAACAAGCCGGCAUUGCCUGCUCUACACUGAACUUGCCAAACUUAUCAGAGUUGCCGUCAAUAAAAAUAAAUAAAUGACAAACUAUACCACUUGCCACCUUAUUAGUAACGGUCACCGUUAUUCUUGAGAAAGAUGUUUUACUUCUGUAGAGUCCGUCUUUUUUGAAAACGGAGUAAAAUGACAGUUCAUUGCGUAAGAAUGUUGCCCGCUUGCGAGUUAUUAUAAUUCUUCAAUAUAUAAUAACUUUUAACCAUUGUGUAUAUAACCAGAAAUAGAGG